AUGAUUUCCCGCCUGAAAGCGAACCCAGAACACCAUCGCAACAAUCUGCAAGAUGUUCUAGAUUCAAGUGACCCACUCUUCAACAUCUGCUGGAGCCGACAGUCCUGCUCAUCGUGCCUGAGAGGUGAUGUUGCCUGCAGCUGGUGCGCCAUUUCCUCCACCUGUGUUCCCAAUCCGGCUCAUCUGCCCAUCUUAGCCCCGCUCUACUCCACACAUAUCUGCCCACUUGAUGCGAAGGAACGAUGGGAGCUGAGGGCACUGCCCUUUGGGUGUAGUGUGAGCACUACAACUUUCCUGAGCACUACAGUGGCCGCGUUGAGCACAUUCGCUUUGAUUGGCAUGAUUUACUUGGUGAUUGCAAUUGUCAAAUGGGCGCGCAAUAGAUGGAAGGAAGCAGAGCAUGAGCAGCUAGAUGACCAGGAACGAGAGUUCUCCUGGUGGGGAUGCUUAGAUCCUAGGCUAGUUGUGUGUUUAUGGACUGGUUUAUUUGGGGAGGGUCAAGGGCAGCAGGGACAAAGUCAGAGGAUAUUGGGAGAUGAGCAGGACGAUACAGAAUCUAGACCGUUGCUGGAGUAG